UUUUACAUAAUGGGUGGGGUUUGGGGAAGCUGGCAUUGGAUCUGUUGCCAAUGGCCGCUCUGUUUCCCGGAAAAGGAAGGCGUUUGGCAGCUGAUCUCUGCUUUGCGCAGCGCAGGGAGCUCUGCGCACUGACCGUUUCUGGAUAGCCACGUGCAGCUGCGUUUCCAGUCGCGCAGAAACACAGCAUCCUUCAGUGUUUUUCGUAACUUUGAUUCACCGGAGUUGCUGCAUCCGAAAGCGACCAGGAUGUCGGCCAGUGCCGUAUAUGUCUUAGACCUGAAAGGCAAGGUGCUUAUCUGCAGGAACUACAGAGGGGAUGUGGACAUGUCUGAGAUUGAGCAGUUCCUGGGGCUCCUGAUGGAUCGGGAGGAGGAGGGGGCCCUGUCCCCUAUCCUGUCCCACGGAUCUGUGCGCUUCAUGUGGAUCAAACACAACAACCUGUACCUUGUGGCAACAUCCAAGAAGAAUGCCUGUGUUUCCCUGGUCUUCUCGUUCCUUUACAAGAUGAUCCAGGUGUUCUCAGAGUACUUCAAAGAGCUGGAGGAAGAGAGCAUCCGGGAUAACUUUGUCAUCAUCUAUGAACUGAUGGACGAGCUGAUGGACUUUGGAUACCCCCAAACUACAGACAGCAAGAUCCUGCAGGAGUACAUCACCCAGGAGGGGCACAAGCUGGAGACGGGCACCGCUCGGCCACCCGCCACUGUCACCAACGCCGUGUCCUGGCGUUCCGAGGGCAUCAAGUACCGGAAGAACGAGGUGUUCCUGGACGUCAUCGAAUCCGUAAACCUUCUGGUGAGCGCUAACGGGAACGUUCUGCGCAGUGAGAUCGUGGGCUCCAUCAGGAUGCGCGUGUUCCUGUCUGGGAUGCCCGAGCUGCGCCUGGGUCUCAACGACAAGGUUCUGUUUGAGAACACUGGCCGAGGGAAGAGUAAGUCUGUGGAGCUUGAGGAUGUGAAGUUUCACCAGUGUGUGCGCCUAUCACGCUUUGAGAAUGACCGCACCAUCUCCUUCAUCCCGCCUGAUGGCGAGUUUGAGCUCAUGUCCUACCGCCUGAACAUGCAUGUGAAGCCUUUGAUCUGGAUUGAGUCGGUGAUCGAAAAGCAUUCACACAGCAGGAUCGAGAUCAUGAUCAAGGCUAAAAGCCAGUUCAAGCGGAGGUCCACCGCCAACAAUGUGGAGAUCCACAUUCCUGUGCCCACUGACGCUGACUCCCCCAAAUUUAAGACCACAGUGGGCGGGGUCAAGUGGGUCCCCGAGAACAGCGAGAUUGUCUGGUCCAUCAAGUCCUUUCCGGGGGGGAAGGAGUACCUGAUGCGUGCGCAUUUCGGGCUUCCCAGCGUGGAGGCGGAGAAUAAGGAGGGGAAGCCGCCAGUCAGCGUGAAAUUUGAGAUCCCGUACUUCACCACCUCCGGGAUCCAGGUACGCUACCUGAAGAUCAUUGAGAAGAGUGGGUACCAGGCUCUACCAUGGGUUCGUUACAUCACUCAGAACGGAGAUUACCAGUUGAGGACCCAGUAGAGGUGCCAUGGCAGUGAUGGACCAGCAGGAACCCGUUCUGAUGUUUGCUGCACAUUGUGUCACAAACCUCCAGAUUUACUUCCAAAUUGUUGUAUUUGUCAAAGUUUAUGUUCAUGAGAAGAAUCACUGCAUCAUUAACCCAACGCUUAAUGUUAUUAUUUACAUUUCUGCAUAUGAGUAGUGUCACUCAACUGGUACAUUCAAUCGCACACAUUAAAUGAUUAAUUCUAAAUUAUUUUAAACCUGGUGAUUACAUUGUUGAAAUUGUUAAUGUUUCAGAAAUUUGAGGAAAAUCACCGCAUGGAAUAAUGCAGAGGUCAGUUUCAGGUCAAAGCUUUCGCUCUUACCAACAUGACUCAGACAGCCACAGUCUUACCAACAUGACUCAGACAGCCACAGUCUUACCAACAUGACUCAGACAGCCACAGACAGUCUGACCUCCAGAGACUUUCGCUCUUACCAACAUGACUCAGACAGCCACAGACAGUCUAACCUCCAGAGACUUUCGCUCUUACCAACAUGACUCAGACAGCCACAGACAGUCUAACCUCCAGAGACUUUCGCUCUUACCAACAUGACUCAGACAGCCACAGACAGUCUAACCUCCAGAAACUUUCGCUCUUACCAACAUGACUCAGACAGCCACAGACAGUCUAACCUCCAGAGACUUUCGCUCUUACCAACAUGACUCAGACAGCCACAGACAGUCUGACCUCCAGAGACUUUCGCUCUUACCAACAUGACUCAGACAGCCACAGACAGUCUAACCUCCAGAGACUUUCGCUCUUACCAACAUGACUCAGACAGCCACAGACAGUCUGACCUCCAGAGACUUUCGCUCUUACCAACAUGACUCAGACAGCCACAGACAGUCCAACCUCCAGAGACUUUCGCUCUUACCAACAUGACUCAGACAGCCACAGACAGUCUAACCUCCAGAGACUUUCGCUCUUACCAACAUGACUCAGACAGCCACAGACAGUCUGACCUCCAGAGACUUUUUUUUUUAACUGGUAUUUUAAAAAUAAUUUUUGUACUUGCAUUUGAGAUGAUCCAGGCCGCUUUGCUCUGAAGACUGAAUGCAGGUCUGGGCGAGAGGAGGCGAGUCUGUCGGGUCAUAUGAUGAUUUCAGGUUGGGACUACAAAUGAGUCUUUAAAUUAAGCAGCAUUCUGGUUACUUGUCCUCUCUGCAGUCUGUCUUGGGCUGUUUUUUUUUCUCAAACUGACUUCCAUCAGAACAGAAUUCUGAUUUUAAGGCCCUGAAAUGAAAGAUCAGUGAGACAGUGAAAUCCCAUCUGCUGGAUGAAUCUUUCCUAAUUAAAUUGAAAAGUUGUGAAUA